AUGGUCCAACCAUCAGAACCAGAAUUCGAACAAGCUUACAACGAAUUAGUCUCUACUUUGAAAGACUCAACUUUGUUCCAAAAACAUCCAAAAUACGAAAGAGUUGUUGAUGUUGUUUCUAUCCCAGAAAGAAUCAUCCAAUUCAGAGUUACUUGGGAAAAUGACAAAGGUGAAAUCCAAGUCAACAGAGGUUACAGAGUUCAAUUCAACUCAGCUUUAGGUCCAUACAAAGGUGGUUUAAGAUUACAUCCAUCUGUCAACUUAUCAAUCUUGAAAUUUUUAGGUUUUGAACAAAUCUUCAAGAACGCUUUGACCGGUUUAAACAUUGGUGGUGGUAAAGGUGGUUCUGAUUUCAACCCAAAGGGUAAAUCAGACAAUGAAAUUAGAAGAUUCUGUUACUCUUUCAUGAGAGAACUUUCUCGCCACAUUUCCCAAGAUACUGAUGUUCCAGCUGGUGAUAUUGGUACUGGUGGUCGUGAAAUCGGUUACUUAUUCGGUGCCUACAAACUUUACAAAAACAGUUGGGAAGGUGUUUUAACUGGUAAAGGUUUAACUUGGGGUGGUUCUUUAAUCAGACCAGAAGCCACUGGUUAUGGUUUAGUUUACUACACUGAACAACAAAUCAAAUAUGCCACUAAAGGUAAAGAAGAUUUCUCUGGUAAAAGAGUUGCCAUCUCAGGUUCAGGUAACGUUGCUCAAUAUGCUGCUUUGAAAGUUAUUGAAUUAGGUGGUACUGUUGUUUCAUUAUCAGACUCUAAAGGUGCUAUCAUUUCAGAAACUGGUAUUACCAAAGAACACGUCUACGCUAUCCAAGAAGCUAAGGUCCAAUUCAAAUCUUUGAGUGAUAUCAUUAAUGAAUACAGUGCUUUCUCUGCUUCUCCAGUUAAAUACAUUGACGGUGCUAGACCAUGGAUUCAUGUUGGUCAGGUUGAUGUUGCUUUACCAUGUGCUACUCAAAACGAAGUUUCUGGUGAUGAAGCUAAAGCUUUAGUUUCUGCCGGUGCUAAAUACGUUGCUGAAGGUUCCAACAUGGGUUGUACUCAAGAAGCUAUUGAUGUUUUCGAAGGUGAACGUGUUGCUACUAAAUCUGCUGCUUCUCCAGCUGUCUGGUACGGUCCUGGUAAAGCUUCAAACGCUGGUGGUGUUUUAGUUUCUGCUUUAGAAAUGGCUCAAAACUCUCAAAGAAUAACCUGGACCAGUGAACAAGUUGAUGGUGAAUUACACAAGAGAAUGAUUGAAUUAUUCAACCAAUCCAUCAAAUUUGCUACUGAAUACUCUAACGAAUCUAACAAAGAUGCUUUACCAUCAUUAGUUAAAGGUGCUAACUUGGCUGGUUUCGUUAAAGUUGCCGAUGCUAUGUUUGACCACGGUGAUGUUUACUAA